UACGGCGUUAUCAUGAGCAUAUUUGUGUCGUAAACUAUUCGAACUCACAUCGUACAGCCUCACGUAACUGUCCCAAGAAGAAACCAGCAAAAACUGAUUGGUAUUGGGGCCAAAUUUUACACUGGAAAUCGAGUCGUCCGGUGGCGAUUUUAGUUUGUAUUCGGAUUGCGAUUUCAUCAUUAAGCGAUAUUCAAUAGUAUAAUUUUAUUAGUUUUGCGAUCGGGUACCGCUGUUUGGUUUAAUUAUUUCAAAUUUAUAAACAAUAAAAACAAUGGAAAACAUGCCUUCACCAUUACGGUGUCAUGUGUCAAUAAGUUGUCAAAUCACAUGAAAACUAGGCGCUUUCUUUUAACCUAGUGCAAGCUGUGCUGGUCCAAUAUUUUUCAAGCAUUAACCGAUAAGGCACUUUGCUUUUUUCUUAAUUAAUCUGGCUUAAUUUCCUCUACAAACAGCUAUAUAAUGUAAUUAGCUAUGAAACUUUAAUGUGGUUAUAAUUUGGUUAAAACUCAGUUUGCAACCGGUGAACGCAAACCAAAAUAUAUUUCCUUGCAUAAGUUUUUUUUUUGCGCAGUUGCAGUGUGAACAUAACCUUCAAACGAACCAACUAAACUAUUUUUGGAAAUUGCAAUGGGUGCAUUUUUUAUUCUUUAAUUUCCUAGUUAAAAAUACCCAUUCAAAUAUUGAAAUUGAACUAUUUCCUAUAGUGAUGUCUCCUUCAUUUCAGCUAUUUGAGUAUCGCGAUAUUGUCCAGCAUCUUUCCAUGGGAAGGAAAUGAAGUAGAAAUUUUCCUGGAAAGAAAAAGAAGCUGUUGCCGAAGAUAAUAUGAUACAGGACGAGGAAGAACUCGAUUAUGAGAUCGAAGUCGAAGAUGAAGAUCGGCUCCUGGAAUCAAGUGAUCAAGAAUCGGAGAAAUGCAGUUCCGAUGAGGAUAGUGCUCCAAGAACCACUUGCCAAACGCCCUCUAAUAAUGAUAGAAAAAAAAUUAAUUAUCUGAGAUGCUAUAGAACAUAUGCAAAUUCUUCCAGAAGGAAUUAUAGAUAUUCUGAACGAAAUACUAACUGUUCGACUAUCACAGAUGGCUCAUAUGAGGAAGAUGAAGUGAAUGAAUCCAAUAAUUGUCUCACAUCCAUAGAUUCUGGAGUUUCAGAUCCAGAUGUUUCGCAAUUUACCUUUGAUGAAAACAAGGAAGAUAAAGAUUAUCCUGAGUCUCCAACUAAGCACUUAAAUUAUAAUAAUAAUAAGAAACCUAUGGACUUUUCUUAUGAAGAUACUGUAAUGAAUUCUAUAAAUACAACUGCUACUAUAUGUAAUGAAAAAAAUAUUAAUGAAGAUUUCCUGAAAAAUAGUCACCCCAAUAACAUGGCUAUCCAUUCACCAAAAAGUUCGCAGAAGCAAAUAAAGAAAAAAAACAUUUUUGGAAAUAUUACUAUACAAAUACCUACUAAGCCAAAAUCUACCAAUUUUACUAGGAACUUAAUUUUAUCUAAUAACACGGUAACAAGUCCUAACCUUUUCCAAUCAUCGGAAAAUGUGCAGACUCCAAUUAAAAUUACUCCCAUUAGUAAAGUAACUACAAAUAAACUUCCUGAUAGAUCGCCAUCGAAAAAAGUGCAGGAGCCAAUUAUAUCCAAAAAUAAACGUACUUCAACUAGUCAAUCGGAUGGAAGUGCAAACUCCUAUGUGGAUGCAAUGGCUAUUCAGUCAUCAACAAAUGCACAGGAGCCUAUUAAGUCCUUAAAUAAUAGGGAAAUUGCUCAAAGUAAAACAGGCAUUGCAAAAAAACCUACUACUGAGACUGCUCAAUCCUUAGGAAACUUGCAAGGGCCAAGUAAACCUAAGAUUAUACCAAAUAAUUUCAAAGUUCAAAUUAUAGGCCAAGAGAGGAGUUUAGUGCCUCAGCCACAGCUAUCAACAUUGGAUCCACCUCAGUUUUCUCGGCGGAUUGCAAAAAAGCCUUUUACCUGGAAACGAACUUUUGAGAAACCCACUAUCUUAGUAAACAGCAAAGAUAUUUCCCGAUUUAUUGCAAGUUGUACUACAGACGAUGAUAAUAACUGUUUGAAAAGCCCCAAUAUUUUCAAAAUUCCAUUGAAGAAGCCACCUUUCAAGCCAGAAUGGCAGACUGUUUCUGCCCCUGUAGAGAUUCCAGAUUCUAAGGACGACGAUAUGUUCGAUCUCACAAGAUUUUUCAUGAAAUCGAGUAUUGCAAGUGACGGGGAUGAUAUAGCGGAUCCUUCAUUUCUGGAUAAUGAUGGUAUGUCCUUCUAUGAAGAUGACCCAGAAAAAUUGGAGAUGGUAAACGAAUGGGUCAGUAAACAACCGAGCCGGAUAAUUCCUUCAGUCUAUAGAGGCCUGUGCUACAAAACUUUUUUCAAUACUAGAAGAUGUAUUAAAUGUCGAAACCAGCAUAAUUUGAGGGUUCAUUUUGCCAACAAAAGUAAUCUAACUAAGCAGGAAAUACAAGUUGGACUUAGUUUUGCUAUUGAAUAUCCGUCAUUCUAUGAACAGGUUUUACCAAUUUUUGCUGAGAUUUUUAGCAGUGAAGAUGAUAAAGAGGGGCUUGUAUACAUGAUCCAUCAAAUUUUCAAAAAUAAUCCUCCCAUCAACCAAGUCAACGCCUUAAAUACAGUAUUAAUCAAUCUACAACAAACUGAUUUGGAGACUCUCCAAGAGAGUAUCCAAUAUGUUCUGAUUCAAGUUGGUUUCAGAAGCUAUAUUUCAUUUGGUGAGGCUCUGGUUGAAGUAAUUAUUUCCUCAGAUAAUGUACCAAGUUGCUGGCCAAUUAUACGCAUAAUGAUUACCGGCGGACUGACAUUGCCUGGAAAGUUGGCCUCAAAUUUCUUGACAAAACUGAUUAAACCACCUAUCGACUCAAAACUUUGUCGUGAGGUGUACACCCUUAUUUUAAAAUACAAAUUUGUAGAUAUAACAUCAAUUAAUAGUGAAUUACGUGAUCAGUUCUUUCUAUUAGCAAAACCUCAAAAUAGAGUGCAUUGUGAAGAGAACCGUAGAAAUAACGUUCCAUCGACAUCUUAUCCUUCAGCAUUCCCACAACAAGUGCAUUUUAACGGACCUUCUUAUAAUUCUGCACCGCACAUUCAAAACUCAAGUGCGACGCCGGAAAAGAUGUUGGGCAGCAAUUCGAAUGAGAAUAUUGAUUUUGGUACGCUUUGGGGAACAAAAAGAUUGAGUUUUAAAGAUCCCUAUAUUAAUGAGGAUGAAGUAUUUGAACAAUUUGGUCAUGAUUACAGGGAUCCCUCCAAAAUACCAAAUCAAUCUAAGAGCAGAAUGAAUGAACGGCCAUCAAAUUUCUACAGAGCUUCUAGUACGGGUGACGACUCGUUACCCUCCAGAGAGAAUCUGCCCACAAAAACAUCUGGAAAUACAUUCCCUAACCGUUCUGGUUUCGCUUACAAUCCGGAAGGUGUCCAGUACGAUCCUAUGAAGGAUUAUGAUUAUAGUCAAAGUAAAUCCAAACCUACGCAUCAACAACCGCAAUCACGGGAUUCAGAAUAUGAUAGAUUGUUGAACAAUAAUCCUGAGCAUGCACAUACAACCCAAAGAAAGUAUAAACAACCGCAAACACAGGAUAGAUUGUUGAACAAUAACUCUGAGCCUGCACAUAAAACCAAAAGAAAGCAUCAACAGCCGCAACCACAGGAUACGGAAUUUGAUAGAUUGUUGAACAAUAAUUCUGAGCCGCCACGAAAGAAGUUUCAACUAAAUUCCGGACGUGUAGUUUCUGGUCCCCAGAUUGAUGAUACUUUUGAUGAGAGCUUCACAGGAAUACCUGCAGCUAGACCUAGACAAGAGCUUCAAUAUUCUAAGCCUCCCGAUGAACCAGUAUUUGGCAAACUAUGCUUGAACCCUGAUUACACACACAAUACCAGCCUGCACAAUCUUUACGUCGAAAGUUUGGGUGGACUAGACAUGAAUCUAGAUGAUCUCGCUUUGUUGGAUGAGAUUUUUGUGAUGGGGAAAGGGCACGACUUUUUGAAACUCAUCGAAAAAUAUAAAGGUUCCAAAAAUGUGAGGUAUUUCAUCACGGGUGCCCUGGCCCACCUAAAGUGUUGUAAUCAAACAAUGGUAAAAGUUUGGAAGAGGAUACUGGAUGGAAUGUCUCGUGCCAUGCCAAAUUUUUACGGUUCCAGCCAAAUCAGAGCUAUUAUUGAGGUGAUUACUAUGAAUAUACUUUUUAUGCAAGUAACAUGUAAAUUGUGGUCUGAAGCUAAGGAUCUCUUGAUGAUAUUUACUGACUGGGAUAGCUUGGUAACAUCUAGGUUGACCUUGAUGAAUCCCCAAACCAAAUUAUCUAUUCUUGGCAAAUAUCUGUUUAUAGCAAAAUUGCUUCAGUUUACCGAACCGAAGUAUUCCUAUAAGAUAUUGACCUGUCCUGAGUUAAAAUUAAUGGAGCAUGAGAGCACGUGGCCAUACUGUGAAGACCAAUGCACAACAAGGGAGCUGAGAAAUAGAAAUUUUCUCCUGAAUACAUUCCUACAAGAAACGUAUCUUCAGGAUAUUGAAGUAGUUAUUGAUAUUUAUAAAGUAGCUUUUUCAAGAAACGGUGGCAUUUCGAACUUCAAUGUGAUACCAUAUAUAAAUCCUAUGCUAGAGAGAUUGAUAGCGGAAAAAAAUAUUUCAGCCUUAGAGCAUAUUAAUAAAUCAAAUGUGUUUUUCGAAUAUAUGGAUAUAAAUAUUUUAAAACAAUUUCUACUUCUUAUGUUUUCACACUUGCCUAUGAAAGAUGGAUGUAAGAUUUUUGACAUAUGCACUAGUCGCUCCAUUUACAAACGGAUUUGCAUAAAUGAUAUCUUACAAGAAAAUAUACUACUAUACACAACUAAUACCACUGAAGAAAUAGAAAUAAUUCUAAAAUAUUGUUUCUAUAAGUUGGUCCAAAUAAGAUAUUUGCCUUCGGGUUUCAGAUUUUGGAUUAAAACUAAUACAAUCUCUGGAACAGAUGAAGAAAUGGUCAACGAUGCUAUAACUACGACUAAAAAUAAAGUUGUAAAUAUGCUUGACAAGUUUUUUAAAAUACGUGGCAGAACGACUACGGGUCAUGAUGUGGUAGAAGUAGCUAAAGAUGAUCUGAUAUUAUUUUUAGAAAGAAGUUGAGUUUAUUUCCAACUAAAACGAGAAUGUUAAGGCUGAUUUCCACUCAUUAUCAUUGAAAACAUUUAUUUUGCCCUAUUAUCUCAUCAUUUUUAUGCAGGACUUACUGUAUUUAGAUGUUAUGUAUUUCACAGAAACUAGUGGUAAAAGCCUAGAAACUAGUUUCAUUUCAAUUUUAUGCCUUCAUUGUAAUUAUACGGUAAAUCAUAGGAUAAGUCACUGCAUGAAAUCUUAAAAUUUGCAUUACAAAUCAAGAGAAAUCGAUGAAGCAAAUGUUUGGAUAAGUCCAUCUACAUUUUUAAAAUCUCUUGGAACCACCUGAAGACAAUCUUCGUACUGCAGUUCUUUGGCUAGUUUCGUUAUAUGAAAAAUAUGUACUAGUAAAUGGUAAAUUGUAACUGCUUAAGGAAUUCUUCACAGGGUUGUGUAAAGUGAUAGUAACUAGAGAUGUGCCCCAAGGGUAUCGAUAUUUGUGACGCACCGGUAUUGUUAAGGCUUGUCCAGACAGAUCAAGUUAAUUUGGCAAGUAGCUAAUCGUAGAAUUCGUCUUAAAAUAAAAUACAUAAAUAAAUAUUAGUUUCUAAGCUUUUACCACUGUUUUUUUUAAAAUGAUUUAUAGGUUGUUGCGAAUCUAAUCCUGGGCUAAACCAUUUUUCAUGUUUCUACAGAAACAAAUAUAUUAUGGAGGCUUAAUACAUACCUAAGUAACCCGUUUUUUCACACAAAAAAACUCUUCUGUUUUCAUAAAUUAUGAAGCAAUUGAAUUAAGUCGACAAGCCAACAAAUUGUUUCUUCUGGUUUUGUUUCAACCCACUAGAAAACCGUGCAAUGUUGUAUAAUUUCCAGCCACCCAAAUUUUAAUUCGAAUUUGCAUAUAACAAUUAAUAAUUGUGAAUUUUAUUUGGGUGACUGGAAAUUACAGAAUCUUGCACACUGUUCCGACAAAGCUAUAAUAAUAAUUGAUUUAUAUCAUGGUCCAAGAACAGAGCUAUUUUAGAAAUUGCCUGAGAAGUUAGAGGUAAGUUUUUUUCUGAACUGACUCUGUUAAAAUGAAAUGGACUUCUCAGAUAAAGUGGAAUUUUCUGGUUCUUUGGGAUCUAGCCUUGUACUUUAUGCAAUUUCCUGUGUUUGGUUGCUUGUAUCAAGUUCCAGUAUGUGUCCAAAGGUAGAUGAUAUUCAUCUUCAGGCCCAUUUCUUCAAAUUCUCUUGCCAUUUCACUAGUCAUCAAUUGUACUUAUUCAAAACUGUCAAUGAUUAUUUCAGUCGUUUGCCUACCAUAUUUAUGUCAUAUUUAGAUCAGUCUAUUGGAAUUCUCUUCCAGCUUUAGUAGAUUUCAUAAAGCUGUCUAUAUUGCUACCUGAUCUUACAAUAUUCAGGCAAUAGUUCACAUAACCCCUAUAAUCAAAACUAACCCUGUGCGCUUCAUCAAUCAUUUAAUUUUAGAAUCUCUUCAUUGAGUUUGUAGCUUAUAAGGAUUAGAAAUCAAACCAUUUUUUUUUUAUCAAGCUAGCUUUAGCUUUGUGAUUAGCCCUGAUAUACUGUAUUGCGUAAAUAUAUAUUUUUAUACUUUAAUACAGUCUGUCUCAAAGUUAAAUAUACAUCCUCAGGUCGAAAUUUUAGGGGUAGUAGCCAAUUUUAUAUCUAAUUUUGAGACAUGCUUUUUUUUAAGUUUCUAUUAACUGUUAUUGAUGCAAGUUGAUUUUAUAAAAACUAGAAGUUGUGUUUUUUUUUUUUCAUAAAUUUUUCACUGUAUAAACCAUUAAUUUUUAUCGUGUACAAACUUUUUUUUUUGUUUUAACAUACAAAAUUCAUUUUUUAUUUAACUAUUUUGUUGUUCAAGUCAACUUCUAGAACUUUUUUUUUUAUUGGUUAGCUUAUAAGGUACAUUAUUAAAUCUUAGGCGUUUGUGUCUAAAAAAAAUAAAGUGAGUUUAGUUUUAGAGCUUGUACCUCAUUGUUCAAAAUGACAAGAGUAUACUGCAGACCUACAUCUUGAAGAAAAUCAGAUAUUUUUGUUUAAAAUAUGUAUUAGCAUUUUUGAAACUCUUGGAAUUUUGAACCUCAAGCUCUCAGGCUGUUUAUUUUUAAGGGAGAAGUUUUGUUACGUUUACAAAAUAAUAUGUACCUGCUUACAUACAUAUUUCUAUUUUGAUAUGAACAAAUUAAAUUUUUUUGACUAUUUUAA